AUGGCACCUGCCACAAUACCGAGAUCCACAAGAGAAAAUGCCCCAACGAAACUUUUCGAUCAGAAACGACUAGCCCCUAGUCCACCACCACGAGGAAUUCCCGUUCGGAAACCGCCCAAGAAAGAACAUUUAGAUUUUUCACCUGUGACUAUGAUCAGUUCUGUAAUGCCUCCUGAAAUUAGUGAAUCGUCCAGUGAAAGCUCUAGUACCGAUUCAACUGGUAUAAGUUUUGAAGUAAAACCACAUGUAGAACUGGUUAACAGAACAUCUAUGGAUUCUGGUGUGGGAGAUGAUGAAGAACCGAAAGUGACGAGAUUGUAG